AUGACCGCCAUCGCGACCGGUCUCGUAAUGAGUAACCAUGACGCUGGAUCAAACUCGCGACCGGAUCACAGCCCAUCACGUUUCACGGCUGUCAAUGGCAGGGAUCCGGCGCCAUCGGCGGGGUCCGUGGGCCCAAAUACCCUACCGUCCAUGUCCAUGAACCAGCCCGAUCGCAUGUCCACGCCGACCGUCGCAUCCUCCAGCGAGCACGCGGAGCUAUCGCGCGACGGGCCAGGUCUGCGGCACGAGAUGUCCGGUGCUCCUUCGCAACGGACUUCACCAUCCGGAUCGAACAAGCACAAGCGUAAACGAUCAGGGUCCGGCGACCAGGAAGCUCGACCGCCCGUGGAGCUGAGCUAUCAUUCUCAUUCUUCCUCCCAUCCUCACGCUCAUCCUCACUCUCAUCCUCAUCCUGAAUCUUCUCAACAUCCCCAUCAACAGCCUCACCAUCACCUACACCACUACCAUCACCAACACAAUCAGCAAGAGCCACAGCAGCAGCAGCAGCCAACGCCGCACGUGAAUCGAGGAACUCCUACCCACGCCGAUGAGGUGUCUCCCCUCCAUACCAAUGGAAACGGCAACGGACCAGGAUCAGUCUCGUCGGACAUGGACUCCGUCAAUGCGGUCGCAGCAUCCGGUCAUCGAUCGGAUACCAACGAAACAUCACAGCCUCCAUCCACGGGGCCCUGGCCGGACUACGAUUCCCAUCUGAUAACACAGGCCCAACGGGCCCAGCAAAUGGAUCCCUCAGAUGCGCAUUUGGCAGACGCCCUGCAACGCGACGUACAGGCCUCAGAGCCAUCCCGCAACGGAGCCAAUGAUCGACCAGGUCCCCUUCCCUCGAGUGGCCAGUCCGCCUCGUCGCCGAGCUAUCUGUCUGACCGUGGCACCAAUUCGGGUCAGGUCGCACCCAAGCGAAAGCGCGUCUUCAGCAAUCGCACCAAGACGGGGUGCAUGACCUGUCGACGCCGCAAAAGAAAUGUGAUGAACAACAUCCAGCGUUGCAAUCUUAUGUGGGCUCGUCUGCGCUGUUUGGGCAAAGCGGCCUUCCCACCGUGUUUUUCUGUAGAGACCGCGGAAGUCUUCCGGCCUCCUAGUUCAAUAAUCUGUGAGCCAUCGCUUGUACUGACUUUUUCUCUUCCUGCAGGUAAUAACUGCAUUCGGGGUGGCUUCUUGUGUGAGGGUUACACCUCGCGAAGCACGUGGCAGAAGCCAUCGACAACCAAGACACCAGUCCCUCUCCAAUCAAAGGAGGGAUAUUCAGAGCUCGGUGGACAAUACCUCCCCGGACCAAGCGGGCACACGGAGCGGCCAAAUCCGGGCCUGCCGGACCAUCUCGAUUCUCGCAAGAUGAGACCUUUGGUCGAAGAUAAUGACCGUGUGGCCCCACCGUAUAGCAGCAGCCCAUCCAACAAUUCUCCCAACCCCGUCCCCACGCACGCAGUGCCAACUUCCUCAUCGUCGUCUUCCUGGUCGAAGCGCGCUUGGUCAGGCCCCGGUCAUCCCGCCUACCCUCCCCCAGAACAUCUCCCCAAGCCCGACUAUCGAGAGGUGGCACCCAUUCAUGAGCUGCACCCACGCGAAUCCCACUCAAAGCCUGAUUAUCCCAUGGUGCCCCCAAUCCGCGAGUUCACACAUGCUCCUCCACCACCUCCACCUUCAUCUAAACAGAGCAGUAUGCCCCUUUUCCACACCACCACCCCUGAACAGCCGCGUCCCAUGCCGCCGGCGCCGGCGCCCGCGUCAGUACCCACAUCCAUGCCUCCAUCAUCAAUGGAGUCCAGCAGCCCGCAAACUCAAGCGCGAAUGGCUUUGAAAAUUGAGCAUCAAUUGUCAGCGCGCGCGAUGGCUUCGGAAGAAACGGAAAAGGACAAGAUGAUGCGAGGUGACUUGUACCGCCCGUUCGAUCUUCAGCUGGUGGAGGAGCGAGACCGAUGCAAGCGUGCACUUUGGCGAUUCAACAAUGCCUGCAAUCCUCACUUUGGUUUGAGCUCCAAAGAACAAAACCGGCUUUUAAAGGAGAUUCUGGUGCCUUCACCGAGUUCCGCGGCGAAUUCGCCAUCCAGUUCUGCGGCACCUUUUGCCAUGGGGUCCAUCGGCCAGGGUGCGGUCGUGGAGUCGCCGUUCAACUGCCACUAUGGGUAUAACAUACAAAUCGGAGAAGAUGUAAUGAUCCACCAAAACUGUUCCUUCGUUGACGAUUGCGGGAUCAGCAUCGGCGCACACAGUUGGAUUGGUCCCAAUGUGACAUUAUUGAGCUCGAUGGCUCAUUCGAGCAUGCAAGAACGAAAGGGGUCUCAGAGUCGGUAUCAGGGCCGGCCUGUGAUCAUCGAUGAGGAUUGUUAUUUAGGCGCCGGUUGUAUCAUCUACCCAGGCGUCCAUUUGAAUCGAGGGGCGUACGUUGCACCGGGCGAGGUGGUCAAGACCGAUAUUGUGGCUUAUGGUUUCCAAGGAUAUAAACCCAGUUAUAUGUGA